CGGGACGCCUGCACUGGUACGGUACUCUUUACCCGGCUACCGCUCGCUCCGUCUCCCUACGGCUUCGCUGCAACAAGUACGGAUCGCAAAACAACCUUUUAAACACCACAACACCGAACAAGGCAACUUCAGCUUCCAAGCUAUCGUUCGCUCCCACUUGUUGCAGCUCGCCAUAAUCGCAGUUUAAGAAGUCCAAGUCGACUAUCUAGGCUCCUGGUUCCAGCGCUAUUGGUCAGGGUACGAUAUCUGGAGACUUGCUCAGCUCAUCAAGAUGUCCCGACCUGUAUCAGGCCUACUCUGACGCGACUGUGGAUCGAUCUUCAACAAAAGUCGGAAUCUUCGAACGGGCAACCAAGUCCAGAAGCGGUCAAGCUUCCUGCCGAGUGUGAGCACUCGCAUAAUGGUAGCUGGUGCAGCGACGCCUACCGCAGCGGCCACACCAGGCUCAGUGACCAACUCGCCAGCCCCUUCAGUGCGCUCCAUCGCCAGUCACGAAGGUAGCGCAAGCGGCAAGACAUCAGCAUCAGCAGGAUCAGGUGGCAGCGGUCAGUCUCCCAACAGUUCCGCUUCCUGGGGAUCUCAUCAUGCUGCAAGCACGCUUCAUGCUCUGGCAAGUGGACAUACUCACACGCAACAGUCUCCGCCAUCUGCUCAGCGACCACAAACGACGCAGAGCAAUCGAAGCGAUCAGUCGGGAGCUGCCCAGCGUCCUAACAGCUUGAAAACCCCACAGAUUGUCAGCAACACUAAAUCCCAACCUGCUGCGGGCAAUGUGGGAGGAGCGCAACCGUUCGCUAAAGGUGUUGCGAUUGGACAGCGGCAUGUGCAACCGAUUGCGGCGAGGCCGCCUGCUGCUGCUGCCACCAACAAUGCAGGCAACCAGCGGCCAGCUAGCUCCGGAGGGGCCUCCGCAGCCAGACCUUCUUCUGAAGCAAUCGAUGCAUCGCCCACAAGCGCUCCAUCAGUGACACCAGCUCUGCGACCUUCCGCCUCCAUGAGCUCGGUUCCUCCAGGCGCGGCUGUGGAGGACUCAAAGGCGCUCUUCACAUCAACUGCUGCCUCUGCUAGACCACUCAGCUCAGCCGCGCAGCCCAAGUCGAAUACCUCACAGUCCUCGCAACUCAAGGUGGGGCCGAGCGGCAGCACCAAUCCUUCCAAACCUGUGAAGCUCAACGUGCCCUUCAAGCACCCCGUCCCAAAUCCUUCUGUCACAGCAAGCAAGGGCAAUGCACAGCUCAAGUCCGCUGCCCCGGCUGCGGCUGCGGCUGCGACUGCGACUGCUCAGGUACCCAGCACCGCAAACAAAAGACGCAAAGCGAACAGGGCGUGUAGCGCUUGCCAGAAGGCUCAUUUGACCUGCGACGAUUCCAGACCUUGCCAGAGGUGCGUCAAGAAAGGCAUAGCGGAUACUUGCACAGAUGGCGCGCGUAAGAAGGCAAAGUACCUGCUGGAUGACGAUGAGCUGUGUGAGUGGUCCUACCAGCCCAUGUUCAGAGUGCAUUCGUCAUGUGUUGUCCCAGCAAGAGGAGUCAUGAAUGCUGCAUCACUAGGCGUGCGAGCUUUCCGAGCCUGGCAUUGCUUAUUGACACUCACUGUGUGUUAUUGUGCAUGUACUGCAGUGGAGCUCAAGAGGGAGAAGGAAGCGAAAAAGCGCGCCAAGCAGAGCGAGAUAAGCGAGGGUCGCGCUUCUGCUUCGGAAGAUGCAGCAGAAUUUAGUCAUGCGGACGAAAGCUCGGCCGGGGUGGCAGAGACUAAGCUAGAGGAGACUGCGCAAACAUCGCAAGACCAACAGCUGCCGCAGUGGCCCGAGGAAGCUUCCAUGAUGAAUGUCUUGCAACCGGCGCUGUUCGAUGGCGCAAGUGCGCCUUCUGGUAGCCUGGGGACCUCUUCGGCUCCCUCGGACUUCUUUGGCACAGUAUCGGCGUUCUCCCCAGCGAUGCAGGCGGCUUCUUUUGGCAUAGACAGAGGAGGAAUUCAGGCUACAGACUCGAACAUGAACAUUCCUCUUGAGCUUCAGGAGGCUGACCAGCAAGGUCAGACUUCGGGUCUGGGCCCUUCGGAGCCAGGAGCGCGCGCAGACUCGGCAGUCUAUCAUGGUCCGGCCGAAUUUGGUUCGGAAGCUACUUCGCUGGAGUACUCUUUCCUCAGUAGCAUGCUGCACGGGAUCGAUCCACACCUGCUUGGCGGUGCUACGCCAGACACGGACCCAGGAAGUCAUGGCAGCGGAGGUGCGGCCACCGGUGGGGCGUACCCCGGCACACCUACUGCGUCUGCUGGUGGUGGUAUGAGCAUGGUGACAGCCAGCACGUGGCCUUCCGAGGGUCUGCUCAGCCAGCCAUAUCAGCAUCAACAGAUUGCCGGGUCCUGGCAGCCAGCACGAGGAUUCGGCGCCCUGGGUGGCAGAGUGGCAAAUUUGCCGCACUUGCAUAUGGGCAACCAGGGAGCUGGAGGUUGGAAAUGGGAAGGAAAGGAUGGCUCCGAACCCGCGCAGACGCAAGAGAGAACCAUGGGCGCUCAGCCGGCUUGGGAUGCAGAGGUGGACUACGAAAGGGCAGGGGCUCGUGAGCAAGCACAUGAUACACAGCAUGCUGCUUCGGUGGGCUACUCAGAGGAGCGCAGUGGGACCGUUCGGACGAUGCACGUAAUGCCUCCUACCGGCGCUUCAGCUGGAGGGCAAGCAGAAAGCUAUGGAGCGCUUGAGGUGCCAUCGCCCAACGACACAAGGACUGUCGAUGCUGCACACGGAGCCAUUGCCUCUGCAGGACCUGAAACGCAAAGCACUCUGCAAGCUGGUCAAAUGCAGCCACAAGAGGUGCUUCAAGACCUCCAUCCGACGCGAAGCGCAACCGGACCAGACUUGGAGUGGAAGCAGAGGGUCAAGCACGUUUACUCGGACAAAUGCAAGCCUUUUGCAUACACCGAAGGCUAUCACUUCCUUCUCAAACACAUCACAGCUCGGUACGAGAAGUCCGAAGUGCUGCGCAUUGUUCGAGCUCUGGCGAUCUUUAGGCCAAGCUUGAUCGCAUUGCAGAUGCCCUUGACGGAAGAUGACGAGAUCUUCGUCGAGCGAAGCAUACAGAGGACUAUACUGGAGUUGGAAAAGCUAAUCAGCUUUUCCGGCACGCCUACGGUCGUUUGGAGGAGGACGUGCGAAAUUUGCGUCGUCGGCAUGGAGUUUUGCAUGCUCACUCAACGCACCAGGGACAGCCUUUUAGGUCGUUAUGUGUACGAGUUCUUCGACACCGACUCUUCCUUGCGCUACUGGGAGUCCUUUGCGCUUCACGCCUUUGAGAAUACCGCCUCGGCCGUGUCCAUGACCGUCAAACUCCUCGCCUCGGAUGGCCGCGUCAUUCCUUGCGCCGCAUGCUUCUCCAUCAAGAGAGAUCAAUUCGAUCUGCCAAGCUUGGUAGUCGGCAAUUUUUUGCCGCUCUUGUAGACCCCCCCUCCCCUCCUCUUACCUCUCAUCUCGAACAGAGUUUUACGACUCUUCGGCUGCUCGGCUGCUCGGUAUCAGCCAUCAUUCCCGCUCGCGCACAACCGCGACAUUUCGCAAAUGUAGCAUCUUUCAUGCGUCUACGCCUUCACGCUCACACACAUGCGCGGGG